UAAGAAGAGGACACAAGGAAAAAGAAAGGAUUUGGAGAGAAUUGCACUUGCAUUAGACAGCCUGUACUGCUCGUUGUAUAGCUGGAGCCGACUAGAGCAGCAUCGGUGGUGACAGCUUGGCCUGCGGUGCUCGAAGCACGUUAGCGUGGAAAUCGGCUUAAUUCUACUUUGCAACUCUGCUUUUUCAAACGGAUCUCCGUUCAUACUCCAGCUAAUUAAAUUAUCCUUCAUCAUGGACAUCAACCAGAUCUCAGAAAAACUGUCUGAGGCAGGGCAGCUUCAUGUCCUCCAGUUUUGGCAAGAGCUAAGUGCAGCAGAACAGAGUGAGAUGUACCACGAUUUGAAAAGUAUGAAUUUCAAGGAGAUCGGCCAUUUUUUCCACAAUGCCAUGAAAGUAUCUAGUCAUGGCCAUCAAGAGAAAAUUGAUGAGAGGAUGGGACCAGUGCCCAGAGAGGUGUUGGGUAGUGUCACACGAGACAAAGAGAUUCUGAGAGAAUGGGAGGAAGAAGGACUACUGCAGAUUUCCCAGAGCAAGGUGUCAGUUCUCCUUUUAGCUGGUGGGCAGGGCACCAGGCUUGGAGUUUCCUAUCCUAAAGGAAUGUAUGAUGUUGGACUGCCAUCUCAUAAAACCCUCUUUCAAAUCCAAGCAGAACGUAUUUUAAAACUGGAGUCCUUGGCGAAAGAACGAUUUAAGAAAAAAUGCUGCAUUCCAUGGUACAUCAUGACUAGUGGUCGGACAAUGGAGUCUACCAAAGAAUUUUUUGAACAGCACGGUUACUUUGGUUUGAACAAAAACAAUGUUAUAUUCUUUCAGCAAGGCAUGUUACCAGCCAUGACAUUUGAAGGAAAACUAAUUUUGGAAAGAAAAGGAAAAGUUUCCAUGGCACCUGAUGGAAAUGGUGGCCUUUAUAGAGCCCUGGGAUCUCAAAAGAUUGUGGAUGAUAUGGAGACCAGAGGGAUCGGUUACAUUCAUGUGUACUGUGUGGACAAUAUCUUGGUGAAAGUAGCAGACCCCUCAUUUAUUGGAUUUUGCAUUAAGAAAAAAGCAGACUGCGGAGCAAAGGUGGUAGAAAAGACUAACCCCACCGAGCCUGUUGGAGUUGUGUGCAAAGUGGAUGGACGUUAUCAAGUUGUGGAAUACAGUGAGAUCACUCUGGCGACAGCUGAAAAGCGCAGUGCUGAUGGCCGUUUAAUGUUCAACGCUGGAAACAUUUGCAAUCACUUCUUCAGCAUGGCCUUCCUUAAAAAUAUUGUACAAAUAUAUGAGCCUCAGCUGCAACAUCAUGUGGCACAGAAGAAAAUCCCGUAUGUGGAUGCUCAAGGACAGCUAAUCAAACCCGACAAACCAAAUGGAAUCAAAAUGGAAAAAUUUGUCUUCGACAUCUUUCAGUUUGCCAAGACCUUUGUUGUUUUUGAAGUGUUGCGGGAGGAUGAAUUUUCUCCAUUAAAGAAUGCAGACAGCCAGGACGGCAAGGACAAUCCAACCACUGCACGGCAUGCCCUUAUGUCUCUGCAUCAUCGAUGGGUUCUCAAUGCUGGGGGGCACUUCAUAGAUGAGAAUGGCACACGAAUACCAGCAAUUCCAAGUUCUAGAAGUGGACCUGCAGCGACAGGCAUCUCCAAUGUCAAUCAGAAUCUGAAGGAUGUAACCGAUCUGCCAAUUAAAUGUGAGAUUUCACCCCUUGUUUCCUAUGCCGGAGAGAGUUUGGAGUUUGUUAAGGAUCGUGAAUUCCGGUCACCCCUAAUAGUUGAUGAGAAAGGAAUUCACGAAAUGGUGAAGAAUGGAGUAUGAAGUCCAAGUACAGGCCCGGGACGCCAGCUGGAAUCUCUGCUCUGUUUUCAGAACUUGUGAAGCUACUGUAGUGUGCAAUAAAAUGACACCUCUGUGAAGGAAAACACAAAAGUACAAUGUGUACAAUUUAUUUUCUUAACUAUUUUUGUAAGGAUGUAUUAUAAGCCAAAUUAUCAACAGCUUUAAAUUUUAAUUUGUAAUAUUUGUACAUUACACAAUAGAUCUUUUCAUAGCUAUCUUAGUUUUAUUCAGAAUUGUUUUUAAAUUGUUCCCAAUGUAAAAUAAACUUAAUUUCCAAUGUC